CAUCGAUUAAUAUACCAAAUUCAUUACGAUCAUCAUCAUAUUAUCAACAGAAUUGUUAUCCACAACAACAACAACAAACAUCAAAUCAUCAAAGAUUACCAAUUAGACGUGAAUUAUCAGCAUUAACAAUUAAUCGUUAUCAUCAUCAAUCAACAAUAAUAAAUAAUAAUAAACGACAAACAACACCAAUACCAUUUAUAAAUAAUAAUAAUCGUGUAACAAUAUCACGUGUAAAAUCACUUGGUAAUGUUAGUAAUAUGACAAUGAUAACAUCAGGAUAUGUUCAUCAUUCGAAUCAUUCAUCGAAUCAUAAAAAAUCGAUAUUAGGUAGACGAAAUUCAAGUAAUCAACAAACAACAACAACAACAUCAUUGAUGAAUGGAUAUUAUAUGGAUAAUGUCAACAAUAACGGUAAUAAUAAUAAUAAUAAUAAUAAUCCAACAAUAUCAAAACGUUCAAUUGUGAACAAUGUACAUUCGAUACAAGGUGGUGGUGGUGGAUCGUCAAGAAUCUUGAAAACAAAUACAAGUGGUACUUGUGAUGAAACGUUAUCAACAACAAAACGUAAUCAUCAAACAUCAUUGGUAAAUAGAAAUAACCAUAAUUCACAACAACAACAACAACAACAACAACAACCACAAUGUAAAUAUUGUCAACGAAAAUUUUCGGCCAAAGAUCGACUUGCAAAACAUAUGGAAAUAUGUGGUCGAAUAUCAAGAAAACAACGGCCAAUAUUUCAAUCAUCAAGACAACGACAAUUACAAUUACAAUCAUCAAUAUCACCUAUAGCGAAAAUCGAUGUUAAAAAUGAUCAAUCUUUCGAUAAUAAUAUUGUUGAUAACAAACAAAUUGAUAAUAAAAAUAUUGAAAACAAUAAUAAUGAUCAAAUAAUCGAACAGGAAAACGGCCAUCUAGUUGUGGAUGAUAAAAUACCAAAUUGGAAACAAUCACGAAAACAAUUUUUAGAUAAUCUUAAACAACAACGUAAAAUAAUGCAACAAUUAGCCAAAGAUGAUGAAAUUAUCAUCAUUUUAGAUAAUAAUGAUAAUCGAUUGUCACCAUCAAAAACGGCAACCGCACCACCAUCGAAUACCAUUGCUGAUGAUAAUAAUUCAUGUCGAAAAUGUGGACAAAAAUUUUCCAGCGAAGUUCUUGCUCGUCAUGAAAUAUUUUGUUGUGAA